GUCAGCGAGGUAGCAUCGUGCGCUAGUUUGUUCCGGGACCUGGUGACUGGAGGUCGUUGUACUCGCGGUGAUAUUUUGUAAGGUCAUAGGGGUUGUUCAAACAAAAACACUUCUGUGCGAGGUUCAUUUCAUAAACUGGAAUUUUUGGAAAAAUUGAAUGAAGAUGUUUACAUGGAAAGCUUCUCUUAGUGGAUGAUGUUAAUUUAUUGAACAGUUUUUGAAAAUUUUUAGUCAAGUUAUUGUAGAAUAGACCGGAAGCUCUCUUUCUUUGGGCGCCUGCAUACGCAAGAAUUUCUUUUAUAAAUCAAACUUUUUGAUUUAAUAAAAAAAUCUACUGAAUUCUACUUUGAAAACAUCUUAUUUUUUUACAAUACGUCUGAAGACAAAGUAUUUUCCACAACAAAGACUGCUUAUAAACUUGUGCUUGGAGUAAAUUUAAUGGAAGAAUUUUCAUUUUGAGAAGAAAAUUUAAAAAGCAAAACCGGGUUUUGUGAGGCACAGGCAAACCUCUUCACCCGCACCCAAAAAAUCCAACAACGGAAGCCUGAGGGACUGCGACCGAACGGCGGACAAAUCGGCAAAAAACGGCUCUACUGGAGAUGGAUUGGGAGAACCUGGACUUGCAGUGGCUGAGUGAACUGGACGCAGAGUUGUCCUCCGAGGGCAGCACGACGGCGGCCCCUGCAGGCAACCUGCCGCAUCACGGCAGCUCUACGGUGCUGCUGAAAUUGCAGUACAACAUAACAGACGAGGGCUGGUGGUGGGGGCAGCGGCCGCGAUGGAAGAUCUUCUCAGUGGCUGCAGGCGCGGGUCUCGGUCUGGUGCUGCUGCUGCUGCUGGUAAUCUGCAUAGCUCUACAGUUCAGGAAAGGAAAUAAGAAUAAAACGCCUAUUCCUGAAGGAGGUGACAAACGUGCUUUCAAAGACAGCCUGGUGACGGCAGACUCCAGUGGACACAAGGCACAGCUUUUGCCCUCAGCUGAGUCCUUAAAUCAGUCUCCAUUCGACAAGGAUUUCAGUUUUGAUUUUUCUCCGGACCUCGGGGGAAGCAUCGGCUACCACCCAGCAUCCUACACCCUAGACCCCCCGUGUCAGUGCGUACCUCCUUGUCACUGCUGGCAGAACGAAACCAACCACGACGUCGACACCGAAGACUCCCUACUACCAAAGGGCACCAAUACUCAUACGACCUCAGACAUUAUCGGGACAAGGCCUCCAGAAAACGAAAAAUACUGUAACGCCUCCAACAACGAGGAUCUGGCAGUCUUGAACAUGAAUACUGUCCGGAUUUUGACGGAAUCUCAACCACAGUCGCCAUGCGAGCUGCAGCCCGGAGACCUGCAUGCGAUAUUCAUCGAGGGCUUCGCAAGCCUUAGAGUAGUCACGGAUCCUGAGGUGCACAAGCUUGUGUCUCCGGGUGCGGAAAUGGAAAGAAGUUUUUCAAGCUUUAAAACAACCUCAACUCCAACUACAGAACGCCGGACGUCUUCGAUCAGUCUACCUCUAAAGGGCUUUUUAAAGGCGGGAAUUUGUGUGAACAAAAGUUCGACGUCACCGUCAAUAUUCAACAACAACGACGACGAAAUUAACAUUUGCUACUACAAUAAGGACGAUGUCGACACUUCGAAAACCUGCUCUGAAUCCGCAAUCAUGAAGAAGGCGGAAAACUGCCGGCAAAUACGUGGGUCCGGUUCCCAUUAUUGCGUCGAAGCUGGCACUUCUAGUGCCCUCGAGAAGCUCGACUUGUCCUCUGAUUCUGGAUUUUGCGAACCUACCCCCAGUGUCAGCCCGUUCUCGCACUGCUACCGGACGCUGCCAUUGCACGGUAGAAAUGUCGGCAUCAAAUGUAUACCGGAAGAGCGCAUGUCAUCCACGACUUUAAAAUUCACGCCUGAAAGUCACAUAAAUUCAUUUAAAAAUGAAGCCUAUAAAGAUCUGGCGCCAUUUAUUUGCAGCCACGACAAAGGAACGAUAUCGUUUAAUUACAACCACGACAACGGCAAAACGUCGUGUAAUAAUAGCGACACGACUUACUUUAAAUGCGACAACGAUAACAGCAAGCCGGCGUCGCAAUAUAUGUCGUCCGGAAACGGAGGCAAGCUGUCCGCAGAUAGCCAUCCCUGCGCGGACAUGUCGUCUGAAAUUAACAUGGAAUCUUGGACGCGCUCGCUGCCGUCCAAAAACCGACGAAAAUGCUUCCAUGUGAACACUAAUGGCAGUUCUGUCGAUGCAGACAAGCAUUUUCCCUCAUGUCGAGGGUCCGGAGAACCUCCAGCGGUUCUGGUGUACAGAGAGAGAACCGCGCUCUGAAUUGCUAUCUGCAAUGAACCACUGAACCGUGGACAUCAGCGUGUACUUACGACUACUUUAACCUCGUCAGUUAACAUUACCCUAAUGAUGGUAAUAUUACCCUAGUGGGGUUAAUAUCACUCCGAUGAGGUUAAUAUUACCCUCGUAAAGUUAAUAUUACUCAUGUGAGAUUAAUAUUACACCAGUAAGGUUACUAUUACCCUCGUGAGGGUUAAUAUCACCCUAGUGAAGUUACUUUUACCCUAGUGAGGUUAAUAUUACCCUAUUAAGGUUAAUAUUACCCUAGUGAGGUUAAUAUUUUCCUGGUAAGGUUGAUAUUACCCCAUUGAAGUUAAUAUUUCCCUAGUGAGGUUAAUAUUACCCUAGUGAGGUUAACAUUACCAUGGUCAGGUUAAUACUCUCCUAUUGAGAUUAAUCUUACCCUAGAGAGGUUAAUAAUACCCUAUUGAGGUUAAUAUUACCCUAGUGAGGUUAAUAUUACCCUAUUGAGAUUAAUAUUACCCUUGUGAGAUUAAUAUUACCCUUGUGAGGUUAAUAUUACCCUGGUAAGGUUAAUAUUGCCCUAGUGAGGUUUAUAUUAGGCUAGAAAACAAAAAGAAUUUGGCAUGUGUUCAUUCUAUGACGGUAGUUUUCCUCUGUAUUUUCAAUGUGGGCCUGCUGAAAAUAACCUUGUUUAGGAUAUGUGUAAAAAAAUAGUGCAAUGCAUUCGUACACAAAUACUAAAGUUCACUCUGAGAGCAGAAUUAAGAUAAAUCGUUUGGCUUUUUAAAUAAAUUACCAUGUGAUGAACCUGACGAGCGAUAUUUCGGCAUACUUCGAUGAAGCUUUAGGGGAAUUUAAAUAUAAUUCAUUUGACUUCAAUGUAACUCUGGAGGAAUUGCAAUAUAUUUAAUUUACUAGUUUUUAUUCGGUAACAGUAGAUAUGAAAUAUCUGAGAACUUGUGAGAAAUUGAACGUAAUGGAGGUUGCAUAAAAUCACCGAGUAAAAAUGUAAAAUGUGACCAGGAAGAAAGAUUAUAAGAGAUGCAGAUGUGGAAAAUUCAUUCAAGGUGUAGCUGGUGAAUGGGUUUACUGUUAGGAAAUUAGUUUGUAAAAGUUAAAUAUUAGGAUUUCAUUAGAAAUUUUUUUCUGAAAGACUUUUCAAUGAUAAUACAUUUUUACAUGAUUUGCACAAUGAUCUUGCUCAGUUGUGUACGUAAUUUUAAAAUUGCUUUUGGAAAAAUUUUUGGAGCUCGAGCGUUUUUGACGCUCUCGAGCUCUCGAGCGUUUUGACUUUUAAACUGCGUGUUAAUAUACGAAAAUUAUUAUUUCAAGUUGAAAAAAAGUUUGCAUAUAAGAGUGUACAUCUUUAAGUAUAGAAGCUUAGAUAACUGUCUGAAUUUGUACAUGUUUGAUACGAGAAUGCAAGCGAAUUUAGAUCUUUAUUGUUAGAAAUACUUCGAUGUGAUGUCUUAUUUGCAUAUUAAAAUCUAGUAUAAGAAUUUUAUUUGUUUUAU